GUUUUGUGGUCCCCCCCCCCCCACAGGUGUUCUGGGAUAACGCCCCCCGACAAGAUGCCAACGCGGGCGCCGUGGCAAGCACUCUCCGUGGUGCUGAUUCUGCUCUGGGGACACCCGCGCGCCGCGCUCGCCUGUCCUCACCCUUGCGCCUGCUACGUUCCCAGCGAGGUCCACUGCACGUUCCGCUCCUUGGCUUCAGUGCCCGCCGGGAUCUCUAAACAUGUGGAAAGGAUCAAUUUGGGGUUCAAUAGCAUACAGGCCUUGUCAGAAACCUCGUUUGCGGGACUGACCAAGUUGGAGCUGCUGAUGAUUCACGGCAACGACAUUCCCAGCAUCCCCGAUGGGGCUUUAAGAGACCUCACGUCUCUCCAGGUCUUCAAGUUCAGCUACAAUAAGCUUCGAGUGAUCACGGGGCAGACCCUGCAGGGCCUCUGGAAUUUAAUGAGGCUCCACGUCGACCACAACAAGAUCGAGUUCAUCCACCCGCAAGCUUUCAGCGGCUUAACGUCCCUACGGCUCCUCCACCUGGAGGGGAACAUGCUCCACCAGCUCCACCCCGCCACGUUCUCCACGUUCUCCUUUCUGGAUUAUUUCAGACUCUCCACCAUCAGACACCUCUACUUGGCGGAGAACAGGAUUAGAACCCUCCCCGCCGGCAUGCUCCAGAACAUGCCACUGCUGGAGAACCUUUACCUGCACGGGAAUCCGUGGUCCUGUGACUGUGAGAUGAGGUGGUUCCUGGAAUGGGAUGCGAAGUCCAAAGGCAUUCUGAAGUGUAAGAAGGACAAAGCUUACGAAGGGGGUCAGUUGUGCUCCGCGUGCUCCAGCCCCGAGAAGCUGCACAAACAGGAGAUUCAGAAUCUGAAGGACGUCACGUGUCAAAAGCCGUCCAUAGAGUCCCCUCUGAGGCAGAACAGGAGCAGGGGUAGCGAGGAAGAGCAGGAUGCAGAGGAGGACGGUGACAGCCAGUUCCCAUUGGAGGACUUCCAGUAUCCCCGGUGGAACGUCUCUCUGAAUAUGAGCGACGAACACGGGAACACGGUGAGCUUGGCCUGUGACAUCAAGAAGCCGAUGGACUUGUACAAAAUACACUUGAACCAAACGGACACUCAGGAGCUGGAUAUAAAUGCAACCGUCGCCUUGGACUUUGAGUGUCCGAUGACUCGGGAAACGUACGAGAAGCUGUGGAAGCUGAUCGCCUACUACAGCGAGGUUCCUGUCAAGCUGCACCGAGAACUCGCGCUCGGGAUUGACCCCCGACUCGGCUACCAGUACAGGCAGGAUGCGGACGACGACACGCUCUACUACACGGGCGUCAGAGCCCACGUCCUUACGGAGCCAGAGUGGGUCAUGCAGCCGUCCAUCCACAUCCAGCUCAACCGGCGUCAGAGCACGGCCAAGACGGUGCUGCUCUCCUAUUCGUCUCAGCACGCCCUCACCGUGUCUGCCAAAGACGCGCGGCAGGCGCGGAGCAGGAGCUGGGUGAUGAUCGAGCCUGGCAGAGCGGUGCAGAGGGCCCAGACGGUCUUGGAAGGGAGCCCGUGCCAGCUGAGCUGCAACGUGAAGGCUUCCGAGAGCCCGUCCAUCUUCUGGGUGUUCCCGGAUGGCUCCAUCCUGAAAGCUCCGGUGGAGGAUGAGCAUGGCAGGUUCUCCAUCCUCACCAGCGGCUGGCUGAAGAUCAAGUCCACGGAGCAGUCGGACGCCGGCCUGUACCAGUGCAUCGCUCGGGUGAGGGGUGAAACGGAUCGAGUGGUGCACAGGGUCCUCGUGCAGACGCCUGCCGCGCCGCCCCCCGAUGGACAUACGGUGACCGUUCAGAAGGACCCAGGGGAGUCGGUGAUGCUGCCUUGCCGUGCGCUGGCCAUACCCGAAGCCCAGAUUAGCUGGAUCCUCCCAAACAGCAGGAUACUUAACGAUAUGGCUAACACGUCCCACGCGUACAUGUUGGCAGACGGAACCCUUUCCAUCCCAAAGGUCCAAGGCAGCGACAGCGGUUACUACAGGUGCGUGGCGGUCAACCAGCAAGGGGCGGACCAUUUUACCGUAGGGGUCACAGUCCACAGGAAAGGAUCUGGCAGGUCAUCCAAAAGAGGCAGGCGCCCAGGCGGGAAGACUCUUCCCAGGGGAAGGGGAGACGUCGUGGAGGACGAAGGGGGAUCCGGCAUGGCAGACGGAGACAGCGUGUCCAGGACGGCGCAGCUGCACCCGAAGGACCAAGAGAUGUUCCUCAAAACAAAAGACAACGGAGGUAUCCCCGGAGAUCAGAAAGCCAAGAAGGGGCGAAGGAAACUGAAACCCUGGAAGAAUUCUGAAAAGGAGCCGGAGACACACGUCGCUGAAGGUCGCAGGGCGUUUGAGGCCAGACGGAGAAUAAACGUGGCCAACAAACAGAUUAACCCGGAGCACUGGGCAGACAUUUUAGCCAGAGUGCGCGGGAGAAACCCGCCUAAGGGCACAGAAGUACCCCCGGUCGUGAAGAGCACCACCCUUCCAGCGGUGAGUCAACAGGUGACGUCCCUUUCGCCCGCCGUGCGUCCCCCGUCAGCAUCUCCUGUGCGGACCGCGACCAGCGUUGAAGAAUCCUCAGGAGAUGCACCCUUCUUUGGGGAGGAAGAGCAGGCGUCUAGCGCUGUUUCCUCCACCAAGAAGGCUCCAGUCGAGCACGGCCACGACGGGGCAGUCCCCGCUGAGCCCCACGUGACAAGCACGCGCCCGGAAGGACUUACCGACGACGAGUUUUCUGCAAAGACCAAGGCUGCGGCCCCCACUGAAGCUGACUUGAAGUGGGCCGCAAGCACAACGGCUUACCAGUCCUCUGCUACUCGGCCGAGCCUGGGCGUGGUCCGCGGAGAGCCCACCACUGGCAACGUAGCCACGGGGCGCUGGUCUGCACGAGGCGCUGGAGCCAAGCCGGGGCGUACGUCCAAGGAGUAUGAGUCUCCCCUGGACGCCACCUCCUUGGCCGAGUCUGAAACGGUGCUCAGCUUUUACCCAGAUCUGGAGACGAAUUCAGUACCAGGUGGAGCUAAGGUGAACGACCUGACCGCUACAGACGUGACUGCAGCCCCCACCCCGGGGGUCGCUGACUCCAGGACGUCCGAGCCACUCGAAAACCCCACUUUAGCAGAGCCAGGUGUCCCAGCAGAAGCGCAGCUACAGAAGCAGACAGAUGACCCGCAGCUUCUGGAAAACGGUUCGAGCCCUCAGGGCCACCCGCUGAUGGAAAAGGACAGAAGGGGGGGAUCUCAGACACGGCCGGGAGGGGAUCUGCACAAGGGAGACGCCGUGGACUCCAGAAGUCCUGAGAGCAGGAGGCCAGGUGCUGAGCCUUCCCCUCCACUUGACCCUGCGCUGGAAGUGACGGACACCGUCGCUCCCUUCCAGCGUCCCAGGGGAACCACGCGUGGCCCUCUGUGGGACGCGGACGCCACCACGGAAGCAACGAUGCCGAUGCCGGCCCAAACGGCCACUUCGCCGCCGGCCCUGACCACUCACGCUUCUCGAAAGAGGCCCAACGGCAGGAGACGACUCCGCCCCCACAGGUUCCGGCAGCGGCCCAGACAAGGCCUGCCCACGACGCUCGCCCCGGGGGAGACCUUUUCUGCUCCACCAGCGACGCGCGUACCCGAAAUGCAGGCUCCAAACCCAGCGGCCAGUUUGCCGGUUCCCGCGACCGCGGCUGGCAGCACGGCUGGAACAGCAAAACAACUGGAUGCGCAGAAGCACGCAGAACCCGCAUCCAAGGGGACGCACCCACGCCGGAAGCACGGCAAGAGGCCGAACAAACAUCGGCUCCCCACGUCCACGGACGGCCCUCCAGCUUCUGCGUCCAAGCCCAGCCCUGCCCCAGAAGACAGACACAAACACGUCGUCACCCCCAGGUCAGACGUUGUCCCCUCAUCGACAGCCAUCUCUCUCCCAACGGGGGGCCCACGUGAGAUGAGCGGAGUGGAAGAUUAUAGGACAGCCACCACGAAAGUAAAUUUAUCUCAUGAUAAAUUGCAAGGGACAAUUCCUGUAUCAGACGGAAGGGAAAUGAAGAACUAUGAGGUCACAACCGUCCGUGGCUACGAAACUGCCAGGCUCGUCCCCGGCGAGUCCGUCACGGACGUGGCGUCCCCUUCUGGGGCCGAGGUCUCCACGGUGGGCGGAUUUAAGGCAGAAUCCUGCCCUUUGGGCUUUGAAGGGAACGCGAGCUGCCGCCCCGCCACGUCGGCCCGGCCUGACAGGCUGCGGACAGACCCAACCGUCGCCAGCUCUUCAAACACUCUUACGGACUCGCCCCUUUUAAAAGAGCUGCAGGACGUAGAUUCUCGUGCUGAGUUUUCACCUUUGGCCGCCACCUCUGCGCUGUUGCCGCAGGAAGACGUCACCACUUCGACGCCUCCCCCAAGCGUGAAAGUAGAGGCGUCUUCAAACCAGGCAGAGACCGCCCUCAGGGCGGAGGGCCAUCCCGCAACCACUGCAGCCGUGACCCAGUCCGAAAUUCGACCCCAGAGUCACGCGUCCCCGCCACAUGAAUUUUCCAGCCGGGACAAACCGAACUUCACUCCAAAGCAGGAGUUAGGAAAGGAGGCGUUUGACGGUAGAACCAAGAACGUUCUUCCACCACGCGGCCCAGACGGGAGCGUGCAAGUGUCCCAGCCACCAGCCAGAGUCCCCGACGGGGUGCUCCCUCCGAGAGGGACGGUGAGGCCACCACCGCCUGCGGCCACACAAAGCUCCCUGAGACACUUUGGGACUUCCCAGGCCUCUCGGCUCCUGACCAGCAGCCCGGAAGCCGCCGCGUCUCCGUCGAGGGCUCGGCCGGAGCACAGGCACGUCACGACGGCAAGAUGGUCAGGCACGACAGCUCCCGUGGUUCCGCUGCCCGGGUCCAAACCCAGCCUUCCCAGUGCGUCGGCAGACCGGGCCGCUGACCGACUCAGCGGCAAGUCCCAGCUGUUCGGCAGUAACAGCCUCCCCGAUGUGAGGGGCCCUGCUGGCAAGCCCCCAGGUGCGAGAGCUCCCCACUACUCCAACGGAAGGUUGCCUUUCGUUUUCAACAGGACCCUCUCUUUCCCGCAGUUGGGGGUCACUCCGAAGCCGCAGACACCCACCUCUCCUGCCCCAGCGAUGAGAGAGAGGAAGGUCAACCCAGGCCCCUACAACAGGAUCCAUUCUCAGAGCGUCGUCACCCACGUGGAUUUCGGUCCCCCAGCACCUCCGGUAUUACAUCCUCCCCGGACCGCGGCGCCGCCCUCGACCAACGUCCAGAGCGUCCCUCUGGUCUCCUCUACCCGGAGCCCCAUCCCUUCCUUGACGCCUUCCGUCCAGCCUUCCAGAAGCUUCCAUCAGAGCAGCUCCAAGCUUUUCUCUGCCGGGGGACUUCCUGCGUCCAAGUUCUGGGUGCCUGGGGAAAAGCCCCAGAUCGUCACCAAGUUCCCCCAGACCGUGUCCGUCAUCGCUGAGAGCGACGUUGUGUUCCCGUGCGAGGCGACGGGGAAACCCAAGCCCUUUGUUACCUGGACCAAGGUCUCCACAGGAGCUCUCAUGACCCCACACACCAGAGUCCAGCGCUUUGAAGUCCUGAAGAAUGGCACCUUCGUCAUCCGCAACGUACAGGUGCAGGACCGCGGCCAGUACAUGUGCACCGCCAAGAACUUGCACGGAGCAGACAGGAUGGUGGUCCUGCUGUCCGUGACGGUGCAGCAGCCGCAGAUCCUGGCGUCCCACUACAAGGAUGUCACGGUCUACCUGGGAGACACCAUUGCCAUGGAGUGUCUGGCUAAGGGGACCCCAGCUCCCCAGAUCUCCUGGAUUUUCCCCGACAGGAGGGUGUGGCAGACCGUGUCCCCCGUGGAGGGCAGGAUUACGCUGCACGAAAACCGGACCCUGUCCAUCAAAGAGGCGUCCUUCACGGACAGGGGCGUGUACAAGUGCGUGGCCAGCAACGCAGCCGGGGCGGACAGCCUGGCCAUCCGGCUCCACGUGGCGGCCCUGCCCCCGGUCAUCCACCAGGAGCGGCUGGAGAACAUCUCGCUGCCCCCGGGGCUCAGCAUCCACAUCCACUGCAGCGCCAAGGCCGCGCCGCUGCCCAGCGUGCGCUGGGUGCUCUGGGAUGGCACGCAGAUCCGCCCCUCCCAGUUCGUCAACGGGAACCUGUUCGUCUUCCCCAACGGGACGCUCUACAUUCGCAACCUGGCGCCCAAGGACAGCGGGCGGUACGAGUGCGUGGCCGCCAACCUGGUGGGCUCAGCGCGCAGGACCGUCCAGCUGACCGUGCAGNNNCGCGCGGCCAACGCGCGCAUCACCGGCACCUCCCCGCAGAGGACCGACGUCCGGUACGGGGGGACCCUCCAGCUGGACUGCAGCGCCUCGGGGGACCCCUGGCCGCGCAUCCUCUGGAGGCUGCCGUCCAAGAGAAUGAUCGACGCGCUCUUCAGCUUUGAUUCCAGAAUUAAGGUGUUUGCCAACGGGACCCUGGUGGUGAAGUCCGUCACGGACAGAGACGCUGGGGAUUACCUGUGUGUCGCCCGGAAUAAGGUUGGGGAUGACUUUGUCGUCCUCAAGGUGAACGUGGUCAUGAAGCCAGCCAAGAUCGAACACAAAGAGGAAAAUGAUCACAGAGUCUUCUACGGGGGCGACCUCAAGGUCGACUGCGUGGCCACCGGGCUCCCCAACCCUGAGAUCUCCUGGAGCCUCCCGGAUGGGAGCCUGGUCAACGCUUUCAUGCAGUCCGAUGACAGCGGCGGACGCACCAAGCGUUACGUUGUCUUCAACAACGGCACGCUCUACUUCAACGAAGUCGGGUUGCGGGAGGAGGGCGACUAUACCUGCUUCGCUGAAAACCAAGUUGGCAAGGAUGAGAUGAGGGUGCGGGUCAAGGUGGUGACCGAGCCCGCUGCCAUCCGGAACAAGACGUACUCUGUGGUCCACGUCCCCUACGGGGACGUGGUCGCCGUGGCUUGUGAGGCCAAAGGCGAGCCCACGCCCAGGGUGACGUGGCUUUCUCCGACCAGCAGGCUGAUCCCCACCUCCUCCGAGAAGUACCAGAUAUUUCCCGACGGCACCCUCCUUAUUCAGAAAACCCAGCGCUCGGACAGCGGCAACUACACCUGCGUGGUCAGGAACAGCGCCGGCGAGGACCGGAAGAUGGUCUGGAUUCACGUCGACGUGCAGCCGCCCAAGAUCAACGGGAACCCCGACGCCAUCACCACGGUGCGGGAGAUAGCGCCGGGAGGGAGCCGGAAGCUGAUCGACUGCAGAGCGGAGGGCAUCCCCACGCCGAGAGUGUUCUGGGCCUUUCCCGAGGGCGUGGUGCUGCCGGCCCCGUACUACGGCAACCGGAUCACCAUCCAUCGCAACGGCACGCUGGACAUGAGGAGUCUGCGGAAGAGCGACUCCGUGCAGCUGGCUUGCAUUGGGCGCAAUGAAGGUGGAGAAGCCAGGCUGAUGGUCCAGCUCACGGUCUUGGAGCCGGUGGAGAAGCCCGUCUUCCACGACCCGGUCAGCGAGAAGAUCACGGCCAUGGCCGGCCACACCAUCAGUCUGAACUGCUCGGCAACAGGGACCCCGACGCCCAGCCUGCUGUGGGUCCUUCCCAACGGGACGGAGCUCCAGAGUGGCCAGCAGCUGCACAGGUUCUUCCACAAGGGGGACGGCAGGCUGCACAUCAGUGGCCUCUCGUCCGUGGACGCUGGCGCUUACCGCUGCGUGGCCAGGAACUCGGCGGGCUACACCGAGCGGCUGGUCUCUCUGAAGGUGGGGCUGAAACCUGAGACGAGCAACCAGUACCACAACCUGGUGAGCAUCAUCAACGGCGAGACCCUGCAACUGCCCUGCACCCCUCCGGGGCGCCGGCAGGCACGCUCCUCUUGGACGCUGCCCAACGGCCUGGUUCUGGAGGGCCCCCAGACACGGGGACGCUUCACCCUUUGGGAGAACGGCACCCUCACCGUGCUCGACGCCUCGGUGUUCGACCGGGGGACCUACGUGUGCAAGACACACACCGAGUAUGGCCCUUCCGUCGUGAACGUCCCGGUCAUCGUGAUUGCCUACCCGCCGCGAAUCACCAGUGAGCCCGCGCCGGUCAUCUACACCCGGCCCGGGAGCACCGUCAAGAUGAGCUGCAUGGCCAUGGGGAUUCCCAAGGCCGAGAUCACCUGGGAGCUGCCGGACAGACUGCACCUGACGGCAGGAACGCAGGCCCGUCUCUACGGGAACAGAUUCCUUCACCCGCAGGGAUCCUUAACCAUCCAACAGGCCACCCAGAGAGACGCGGGCUUUUACAAGUGCACCGCGAAAAACAUCCUUGGCAGUGACUCCAAGACAACGUACGUCCACGUCUACUGAAACACCGGAGCUCAUGGACCCCACGGCCGCUGCUUGGGGAGUUGGCACAAGGCCUCGUUCGUACGGGAGGCUGGGGCCCGAGAGUUGGAGCUCUGAAAGGAUGUGCCGUGGGUCACCGUGGCCGCCCCCAUCCCCAGGAUGGAUUUCAGGCUCAUACUGACCUUGACCCACGCUUGUUGACGAAAGGAAGGAACGCAGACAUUGGGGAAUCUUUCUUCCGUGUUUACAGGCUUCCAUGUGUUCUUGCAUUUCUCGGCACUUGGGUGCAAACUGCCGUCUCUGUGCUGCAGACACUGCCCGGAUGCUUUAAGGAGCAUCUGUAGGAUCCUUAAGGAACAUCCAUGGAAAAGAAAUGGUAGACAGUCACAGUGCCUUGCUACCCUGAGGAAGACGCAUCGCCUUAGUUAACCCGCUGCCAUUUUAACAUGGUAGCAUGUUCUAGAAUGAGCACCAUCACCUGCUGCCUUUUAACGUGGUAGCAUGUUCUAGAAUGAGCACCAUCACCUGCUGCCUUUUUAACGUGGUAGAACGUUCUAGAAUGAGCACCAUCACCUGCUGCCGCUUUAAUGUGGUAGAAUGUUCUAGAAUGAGCACCCAUUUUCCCCUUCUUUCCUCUGUCACUUCAAAUCUUCAGUUUGCCCGACCAGGGCUGAAAACCACAGUGAUUGAUUUUUUUUUAUUUGUUUUUUCAUGUACAAGUUGCAUACAAUACAGCUAUCAUUUUAUAUGAAAGAAUACUUUCUCCCUGGAACUCACUUUUUAAAUAGUGUUUUAUAGAUAGAUAGAUAUUAUAAAAUUUUUUUCUUUCUAAUCAGACGAUGAGAGUAGAAAGAGAAAGACAUGCUUUCUGUCUCAUUAAAGAUAAUAAAUUAUUGGUCUUUACAAGACUUGGAUACAUUACAGCAGUUAUGGAAAUGCAAUUAAAAAAUAUUUCCCUCCCCGACUUCCUUCGUAUUCAUUAACCACUGGAAUAUUUCCUUUCCCAGGAACCCUACGUUGGGGGAGGCUGAGAUGCUGGAUUUCCUUGUUUAUGGAGUUCACCCUGAGAGAGCUGUGGGGGCGGGGAGCGGACAUGAGGGGAAGGGAAGGAGAGAGUUAAGUUGUGACCCCACAAAGUGAAUCCAGAGCUUUUAGGAGAAGCCUGGAAUAUCCCACAUCCUAUGAAUUUGUGUCCACGGAAAGUAGGACACCUGUUACUUCCAUGACUGCUUUACUGUAUUUUUAAGGUCAAUAAAAGUGUACAUUUGAUAAUAAAAUAAUAUUUUCCAAACAA